CCCGUAGAUGUUCUGGCCGGCUGCCUCUAAAAUAAAUGGACACACAGUAACGCCCUCCUUCGGCGUUCCUCUCGAUCUCCAAACUUCUUCUCGGAUACUCCCAUCCUCAGCUCCUCAUUCCCUUCAAACAUGAGCCGGCAUCCGACUGUGAAGUGGGCCCAGAGGUGUGACAAAAUCUACCUCACAGUCGAGCUUCCUGAUGCAAAGGAUGUCAACCUCAAACUCGAGCCUGAAGGAAAGUUUAGUUUUUCUGCAAACAAAGAUGGUGUUUCCUAUGAAGUUGAUCUCGAGUUAUUUGAUAAAGUUAGCACUAAGGAGAGCAAAUUUAUUAUUGGGAUGAGGAGCAUUGUGUAUGUAAUUAAGAAAGCUGAGAAGAAAUGGUGGAGUCGAUUGCUCAAGGACGAAGGGAAGCCACCUGCAUUCCUGAAAGUCGACUGGGAUAAGUGGAUUGAUGAAGAGGACGAGAAUGAGAAAGCUAAAGAUGGCAAGGAUUUCUCGGUAUGUUCCAAACUCAUGAUCUUUUGUAAUUUUCAGGAGAUAUUUAGUUAUAAAAUCAUAGAAGUUAUGAAUAAUAUGCACCCCUCCUCAAAAACAAAAAAAAAGAGAGAGGAAAAGAAAAGAGAAUAAAUCAUUGAAUUAAUUGAGCAGAUCGUUAUUGCUUAUUUAUGUGGCAUCUCAAACCAACUAUACUUGUGAGGCCCUUGCUUUUGUGCUGAAUGCUAGUACUUGUUCUUGACCAUAGAGGUCAUAUGUUCCAUUUCAGAAUUGAGUAUGGGUUCAUGACUAAGUCAUUUUGAAUUUCCAAAUGUUCUGUCCGCAAUACAGAACUUCUAUUUUCAAUCUCCUCAGUCAGUUUUGCCUUCAGGUCAUUGGAAAGCAUGAUGGUCUUUUGGUUUCCAGAGUCUUAGAAAAUUUUGAGUGUUUCCUUUACGUGAAGCUCAAUUAGGCAUUGGGGAUACAUGGGAAUAACAUGAUACAUAUUGUAUCAAGCAACGGAUUUCCAUCAAGUUUAAUCUGCUUGAGCAUGUUGGACCUAAGGUCUGUAUGGUCUGUUUCAAACCUUUUCAACAUGUUGCGUCUUAUAAAUUGUUCUUAUUGACAUUAUAUGCCAAGUUGAAUAUGGAGAAGUACUAGUUCUUUAUCUUUGAAUGUAACAAUCUGCAACAAACCUCUCUGGAUUGAGCUAGUAGUGUUAUGGAUGUUCUUAA